UAGUCACUCCUGCAAGGAAAAUGCACAGGAUGUACUCAAGUGUUAAUCCUCAAAUGGGAUUUUAUUACCGUUGAUGAAAAUCUUCUGAUCGCUUUGAAUGUUUUUAUAUAAACUAUAUCGGACCUCCAUUUGUCUGUGGGCCUUGUUUAUUACAGAUCCAGAGGAAAUUCUUAUUUACUGGAAUUGUUUUCACAAAGAGGACAUAACUUCUGUAUCACUAAGUUUACAAUGAGUUGUUUCCUUGAAACCAUUGUCAACUAAUGAGCUUAUUCCUUCUUGAUAACAACACUGUAAUAUGCAGGCCAUUAAGAAAGAACCCUAUAGUGGAGAGGAUGCCCUGGUUCUGGCAGUGGCUUUACAAGGGGCAGACAGUGACCUGAUUAACCACAAAAUGCCCAACCUGCCCUUUAAGACCAAGUCUACCACCUGUCGUAGAAAACGGGAAUUUAUCCCAGAUGAGAAGAAAGAUAAUAUAUACUGGGAGAGAAGGCGCAAAAACAAUGAAGCAGCGAAACGCUCACGAGAAAAGCGCAGACUCAAUGACAUGGUGUUGGAGAAUAAGCUCAUGGCCCUAGGUGAAGAGAAUGCAUCACUGAAAGCUGAGCUGCUGUCACUGAAACUCAGAUUUGGCCUACUGAGCUCUGCUGCAUAUGCCCAGGAGGUGCUGAAAAUUUCUAAUUCAACUGAUGAACUCUACCAGGACUUUGUCAUGCCAAGUGCAACCAAGGGUUCCUACCUAAGAGAACUGAAGCCGGCACAACUGAGCAGCAGUUGCAUAUCAGUGAUCAAGCACUCACCUCACUGCUCCAUGUCUGAUGGUUCCGACUCAAGCACACUGACCCAGGGGAGCCCACUUAUAAAUAUUCCCAGAACUCCCGAUAUCAUCAAACAAGAACCCUUGGAAACUAGCAGUUAUGCAAAAGACAGGACCAGUUUGAAUGAACUUUACAGAAACUACCUUAGUAGCCCGUUCCCUGGAAGCUUCUCCCAAUCAUCUCCAUUCAUGCAACUUACCAGAUCAUCUAGCAAUUCACCACGAAUGUCUGAUGGCGAUGAUGGGGCCAUAAGUAAGUCUUCGGAUGGAGAGGAUGAACAGCAGGUCCCAAAGGGUCCAGUUCCAUCUAGGGCUUAUGCAAAGAGUGUGAUAGUCUCAACCCUCAAAGUGCCAGAGCCUAGUGCAUCAGCUUUGCCCCACAAAUUGAGGAUCAAAGCAAGGGCCAUACAGAUCAAAGUGGAGGCUAUUGAUCCCGACUUCGAAUCAUCGGGCAAGUCCUCCUCUCCCAUGGACAUGUCUGCAAGUGGAUUCUACCAAAUGGGACAGUAUGCUACACCGGAGUACAUUCAGUCAUCUCUUCACCCAUUAUCUUUGCAGGUGAACAAUGCUCAGGACUGGAACCACCAGCCUAAGGAAUGGCAAAAAGAUCACUGGGAGACACCAGCUAGCUGCAAGCACCGCCUCUGUCCGGACUCACCAGGACUUAUGCCUAAACUCAUAGGCCUUCAAAGCGAUUCCUAUGCUAACUCUGACUCUGAGAAUGUGUACUUGAAACAAGGCAUUGCUGAUUUGUCAGCAGAAGUGGCUUCCUUGAAAAGACUGAUUACAAAGCGGCAGGGGUCUGUAAUUGAGUCCACCAAAAGCACUACUGAUCUUGACUCAAACUGAGUUUCCUUUAUUUGCACAACGCCUGUUUUUCACUGUGUUUGCUACUGAACUGUGCUGUUGUUAUGGAGUCAAAAGGCUGCACUUCAUUGAAGAAUGGUGUUUUCUGUGCACUUACUGUUGUAAUUUGGCAUGUCUUCUUGAUGACUCCAUUUGUUGCCCAGAAGCCAAAAAUGGGGCUACUGUUAUUAAUGUUAACUUUUCAAAUUUAUUGUAUGUUGAAUGUUCUCUUUUUGUUUACAAUA